AUGGUAGACCUCUCCGUCCUCCUCGACCAGCUCGAGGAGUGGAUCGAGGCUCAAGUACCACAGAACCUCUCCGAGCUUCCGGGCAAGAUGCUCGAGACGGCUGAACGGAUGACCAACGAACUGAUGGACUCGCUCGCGAUGCACGGACCGCCGUCCAUCUCAAUCCCGUUCCCGCCGUUCGCGAAGCCGGCACCACCUCCACCCCCGCCCCCGCCCCCAGCCGUCUACUCUUGCGCAGGCAACAUUGCGCGGAAGCACCCCUACCUCGUAGCGGCUGGGGUUGGUCUCGCACUCACUGCGAGUGUAGGCGCCAUCGGGAUGGUCACGGGCGUAGGCGUCUUUGGCGCGUAUGGGCGCGAGUGGCGCCUCCGCAGGCAGUUUGGCGUGCGCGGUAUCGUUGACGGUGGUAUGCUGCAGGAAGCCAUUGUCAUCCUCGCACCAUCGCCGACCCCACCCCUCCUCGUCCCCCUCACCGCCUCGCUCCUCAAGAACGGCUACGUCGUCAUCGUCGCCGUCCCGCACGUCAAGGAGGCGGAGGCGCUCGAGCGCCGCCUGUCCGGCCUGGCCGAGAAGGGAGCACUCCGCGUUCUCAUCUACGACACUGACGACGCGACCACUUUCCCGGCCUUCCAUCGCUCGCUCCUCGCGACGCUCACGCUGCGCUUCCCCGCCCCGACUGUGACUAACUCGGGCGGCGUCGCGGCGUUUGAUCCGUACAACCCCGUCCCGAGCCAGAUCCCGCACAUCCACGCCUUCAUCUCCCUGUACCCGCUCAACCCAGCGCCGCCGUCGCAGCCCGGUGCCCUCCCGGCCCUACCGACUCUCGUUCAACCCAGCGCAGGUAAGGUCCCGAUGCUCUUGACGCUCUACCCUUCUGCUGCGAGCCUCGUCACACCCGACAGCUUCGCAUCGCAGGUCCUGAGCUCAACUCACCGCCUCCUUGGUGCCAACCUCGCCGCCGCAACAACUUCGCGCGUAGUGAGCCUUUUCUUGGGAAACAUCACCCUCCCGUCCCUACCCGCCAUCAUUACCGAGGGACGUACUCUCAGCCGGCGCGAACUCGCUCGCCAACGCCUGCGUGACAGUGCUGCAUCUCCCACUGCGGCGUUCUCGAUCUUCCGCGACCUCAUCACCUCCACCCUCUGCAGCAUCUACCAGAGUGUGGCGGGCGCGCUCGGCUUGGCCCCCUCGCGCGACUACUCGGCGUUCGAAACCUGCCUCCUCCGCGUCCUCAAAACCCGAUGCGGGAGCACAUUUUACGCCGGCCAGCGCUCCUGGCUCGCCCAGCGCCUGGCCGCUCUCCCGCCAAGCACACUCCCACGCGUACUGGCCAUCAUGCCGCCCAUGCCAUCCGAGACGGGCCCGGCGCCUCCUCCCCCUCCGAAGAGCGGCACGCGGUCGACCGGAUCGCGGUCGGCUUCUAGCUCAGACCACGAGGCAGAGGACCUGGUGAGCUCGAUACACACGGCGGGGACGACCCAGAGCUCGGCAGACAGCUCGGGGCUCGAGGGCAGUUGGGUCGUCGACGCGUAG